AUGGGUUUCGGUGCCUUCGCACAAGGCGUAAUGGGCGGAGGAGGCAAUGCUGGUGGUGCAGUUGAUGGGCCGCCACUACCUACCAUUCAAACAGAGGCUCUCGGUUUCCAGUCUAUUGCCGGCGACGCGAAAGUCCGCUUAACGAGUCCAUGGCCUCAACAACCGCCGCCGACCGCUUCGCUCCUGAGCAUCGCUCCGAAACGGGGGCUCGCCGCCGCCGCGGGCCCCGACUUCAUUGCUUUUGCCACGACAGAAUCUAUCCGCAAGGCUUUUGACGCGCCCAAAGAGGGCGAUUCGGACGUGCGCAGCUACGAGCCGCAGCUCAAGAUACCGAUGCCCAUGCGCAUCUCACAGCUUGCAUUCACUGCUGACGAGAACUAUCUGCUGCUCUCAGCAGAGUCGGGUGGCGGCCUCGCCGUAUACGAGGUGCAAUCGCUACUGCAAGGCUCGACCGCGUCAGCUUUUGAGCUGCCGACCGGCGGUCAGGCGCUCCGCGCUCUCGCGCCCAACCCAACCGCCGAGAAGGCCGAGCUGUGCGCUAUCGUCACGCAGUCCGGCGAGCUCUUCAUGACGAAUCUGCGCGAGAGGCAGGUGAGCAACGCGCUCAAAUCGCAAGUUAGCUGUAUCAGCUGGAGUGCGAAGGGUAAACAGCUUUGCGCUGGCCUGGGCGAUGGGUCCAUCCAUCAAAUGACGCCCGAGGGAGAGGCGAAAGCGGAGAUCCCCAAACCUCCCAGCCUUGAAGACUGCCAUGUUUCUUCACUCACUUGGCUCGAAAACCAUAUCUUUCUAGCUAUUCACUCUGCCAACAAUUCCCCGUCAGCUUCCAUCUACCAUAUCAUCACCAGAGAGCCUCCUUCAUCCUUCCAAUUCCGAAAGCUCGCCGACCCAGUCGAGCCCUUUGGUGCUGACAAGACGCCUCACCAUACCUUAUUGCGUCUGCGCAACUUUGACCCUGACCUACAGGAACUGCUCAUGGUUUCCUCAACGGCCUCCACCGACGUCGGCCUGCUGACCCGAUCGAAAAAGGCGCUUGCCAAUGACUGGCAGGCGGAUCAGAUUACAGGUAUUUUCACAACGACUGAACUCCUUGACGACACGCGGCGCCCAACGCUCCCCAUGACCGAGUCAAUGGAUGACUCCGUCCCAGUUGGUGUUGGCCUGGAUCUAUCGAGUAAAGAGAAGGUCUACCGCCCCAUCCCCUCGGACGAGGAGCUCAAGGAAUCACCAAGCCCGCUGCCAGGUCUUUGGGUGCUGACACACGAAGGCAUUCUCUGUGCUUGGUGGCUCGUAUACACGGAUUCAAUCAGACAAGGAACUAUAUACUCGGGCCUUGCUGUUGCUGGUGACUUGGCUGCCAAUCCUCCUCCAACACAACUUGCCAGUACCACACCGGUCAACUCUCCAUUUGCCUCAUCAAAGGUAUCUGCUUUCGGUUCUACCACACCUGCGGCGCCUGCCUUUGGGGCUUCCUCCGCGCUGGGUCAAAAGUCUUCCCCUUGGGGCUCCGGGGGUGCAGCCGCCACUACCCCUUCGCAGACGGGAGGGGCCACGUUCGGGCAGAGCAGUUUCGGCAACGCGCCAUCAACGCCGGCCCCUGCUUUCGGAAAACCUGCGUCCAUUGGCUUUGGUCAGUCGUCUCAGCUGGGUAUGAGGACUUCGCCUUGGAAUGUCGGCGGCGGUAACUCCACGCCCGCAUUCGGGCAGUCGAGCUUUGGAAGCUUUGCCAAUGCCAAUAACCAAAGUCCAUUUGCAAGUGCAGCCGGGUCCAAUAACAACGGGUCUGCCCCGACGGCUCCAUCCUCAGGUGGCUUCUCCGGCUUUGCUAAAAACACAGGUGGCUUCGCAGCCGUUUCAAAUAACAACUCUGGCUCAAAUCUUUUUGGCAGCGGUGCCGCUAAACCAGCCAGCAACCCGUUCGCUUCCCCGGCACCGGCUGCCAGCAACCCUUUCAUACCUACGGAGAAGGCAUCCGGGGGCGUGUUUGGCUCUACUCCCUUCAAGCUCGAGAGUUCAUUCAAGCCCGACCCGUCGGCCAAAGACGACUCUAACACACCCGCAGCUUCUGGGUCGAUGUUUGGCAGUGCGUUUGGGUCGGCUCUAGCCGGUGCUGGGAAUGGCGCAGACUCCUCGAUUUCUAUCGCUAAAGACGAUGAAAUGGGAGACGAUGACGCCCAACCACAAGCACUGCAACCGCCAAAGUCGAUCUUCGCGACCAAGUCGGUUGUUGAGGAGUCGACUACGCCCACUACCACGCCUGCGCCAAAUCGGUUUGGGGCCGUCACUUCACCUGCUCCCGGCACGUCCCUUUUCGGGCAGCCCACAAAACUUGGCGGCUCUUUCUCUGGAGGCAGUCUCUUUGGUUCAAAGACGGAGUCUAACGAACCCAAGGCAGCCACUGGUCUCUUCUCUCAGACUCCAGCGGCCCCCGAAACGGAACAGCCUGCCAAGAAAGAGCUUGAGGCUCCGCUGCCUCCGGAUGCAACCAGCAGACUGUCGUAUCCCUUGGGUGAGUCCUCAUCGUCUUCUGCAUCUCCAAGUUCUACUAGCCAACUGUUUGGUUUCACACCUCCAGCGAAAGCGAAACAGGAUGAGGAAUCUCCUCCUCCCGUCUCACUCGCAUCGAAACCUACGAAGUCUGCAGAGGACAAGCUAGCCGAGGACGCCCCAUUGCCUCCCUUCACCUCGGCGCCGAAGGACGCAAAGGCGGCUGAGCCUGCACCACUUCCACCGUUUACGCUUCCGAAGUCAGCUAAGAAGGCCGAUGACGCUCCGCUACCACCAUUUAUCCUCCCUAAGUCGACUUGCGCUGAGACCGCACCUCUCCCUCCAUUUGGAGCGGCUAAGUCAACCAAAGCGGCUGAAGCCGCCUCCCUUCCUCAAUCUACGGCACCGAAGUCUACAAAACCUGUUCAAUCUUCGCCUUUGUCUUCUUUCAGCGUGAAAUCGACGACUGGAAAGGAGGAUUCGUUGUUUCCGUCUGGAGAGACAUCUCUGUUUAAGUCGAUUAAAUCAUCCGGCCCAACCCCGGCUUUUGUAGCGCCAGUUGGUCCGCUCCCGCCCGACUCUGACGAUAGUGACGACGAUGAUGGUGAGGAGGUUGAAGAGGAAGAAGAAGUCGAAGAAGAGGACGACGACGCCGAAUCGGAGGGGAGCGGCGUUGAUGUCGCUAAGGAUCUCAGCCCAAGCACUACUGGACUUAUACAGACACCCGGCCUUACACCUCAGAGCUCGUUCGGUGGAAUGACUAGCACAACUCCCGCUACAGCCCGCCCUGAGCAAAAUGCCGGUCGGCCGCUGUUUGGCGAAGUGGCCCGCAAUGCGCCCUUAUUCGGCAAGCCGAAUAAUAAAUCAAGCCCCCGAUCGCCUAGUCCUUUGCGCGGUGCUAUUCCGAACCGCGUUGUCCGCUCCGAGGCCACAAGAUCUGUCAGUGCGCCUGGUAUGGCCUCUCAGAUUCUUGGGCACAAGAGCACGCAAUCACACCUCGCCCAGUCAAUCACGAGUCGCCAGCAAGAAUCCAGCGACCCAUUCCUGCUGCAACAGCGAAAACUUCGCGAACAGCAAGAGGCAGCAGAGGCCAAGCCGCUUGUUGAUAAGGAGGAUGAGGAGAUCCAAAAGAUUUUAGCUUCAGAGGUUGAGCCCACACUAGAGCUGGAUGAGUUUAUCGCCCAUUCGAAUGUGGCUCCUCCAGCGGAGGAUAGUAUUCCUGCACAGGUUGAGGCCGUUUACCGCGAUAUCAAUUCCAUGAUCGAUACUCUCGGUCUCAAUGCUAGAGCAGUUAGAUCAUUCACUCAAGGUCACAGCGCACCUCUCGGCGACGAAGGCCGUACCAUGGAAGAUCUUGAGAUUGCUGAUGACUGGGUUCUAUGCGAAACAGACGACCUGGAGGAGGUGCUUUCGGAAGAGCUUCAUGCCGACCUUGAUUAUGCGCGUGUCCAAGAUCUUCCCGAAAAGCUUGAGGCCUGCCAGGAGCUAGCCAAGGACAUGCAUCGGCUGCGUGCCAAGCAAGAGGAUCUGAAGAGAGUCAUCCUUGCCCGAAUGGACCCCGAUCAAGCAGAUGUUGCCCGAUCGCUUCCACUCAGCGCAGAGCAAGCCGCGCAGCAAAAUGAGCUGCGCCGCGAGUACGCCAACUUUACGAAGUUGUUGACACAGGCGGAGGAAGCUCUCACCCUGCUCAAGGCACGCAUCACCUCUGCGUCUGGCCUUUCAGGCAAGGCUGCCGGCCAUGUGCCUACGGUCGACGCCGUAAUUCGCACCAUAACCAGAAUGACGACAAUGGUUGAGAAGCGCAGUGGCGAUAUCGACGUCUUGGAGACUCAACUCCGCAAGAUGAAAUUGGGCUCCGUCAGCCGCGAAGAAUCGCCGAUGACGCCUCAGGCACGACGCAGCCGUAUAUUCUCACCGGACUCGACGCCGUCGCGUACGCUACGCCAUAGCAUCUCGUCCAACAGUGGUCUGCUAUUCGGUCAAUCGAUGCGUGCGACGCCGCCGAGAAAGAAGCUCAGCGGUUUCAGCAAGGAGGAAAAGGGUGAUCUCAUGGAUAAGAGGACUAGGAGACGGGCUGUACUGGAGAAACUCAGGAGCAGCGUGGAGAAGCGCGGCGUCAACGUAUGGAAUAUGGAGGACGUGGAAUAA